AUGUCUACAGGAGAACAAACACCUAAACGGGAAGCCACACCGUCAACUGCCGUCCCAAUAUCAGCAAUCCCUCCAAAACGCGCUCCGGACGAUGAUCAUCAACCUACCGUUUCCUCCCCUCUAAACCCCGAUUUCAAGCCGUCCAGACCCCCAGAUGACGCGCCUCUCGCUCGCGAACGUGCAUCUAGAGCAAAGAAAGAGUCGCUGAAGAAGCGGGAAUCGAAAGGAGGAGCACAUGCUUCAGAAAUCAGCGGGAGAGCUACCCCGGAUCCUAAAGCAAGCACUUCACAUAAACACAAACGGAAAGGGAGUCCCCCAGCGCCUAUUAGAUACAAGCUGCCUCCGCCGAAAUCUACAGACUUUGAAGCUCCACGGGGACCAAUUUUCAUUCCGGCGCAUACGAAGAACGCGCCAGAUGGUACUGAGAUUCAGUUUCAGGAAACUACGGACCACGUCUAUAACAAGAAAAACUUCCAUUAUACACACUGCAUAGCAGACCCCGCAUUCCCAUCUUCUCUCUACUACCGGCAGACAGAAACCGAACCAUUUGGACCAAGACUCAACUUCGAGGAUACCUCGACGCAUAUGUUCCUAGAUGAAGGCGCUCAUCAUAUCACCACCAAUAAAGGCUUCAGAAUGGCCAAGGGGAAUGUGGGUGUAAGAUCAGGCAGAUGGUACUGGGAAUGCAAGAUUACAAGUGGAAUACCAAAGCGGAAACACAGCACCUCGAAUCUCAAUACAGAGAGCGCGAACGGACAUGUACGGAUGGGAUGGGCAAGACGAGAAGCUACGUUAGAUGCACCUGUUGGUUUCGACGCCUACAGCUACGGAUUGCGAGAUGCACAGGGGCAGAAGGUGUUCAUGUCUAGACCCAAAGAUUUCUUCCCGCCGGGCCAGGAUAUCCAAGAAGGGGAUGUGAUUGGGCUAGAGAUAAACCUACCAUCAGAAGCUCUGCAUCGAAAAGUGGUCGAGGGACACUAUAACCCCGCAGUGGAUCUAGCGGACGAUGAGGCACCUUUAAUAGAAACAUCAGACAUAAUCCGAGACCGGGUUCCGAUACGAUUCAAGGCACAUUUGUAUUUCGAACAGAUCGAAUAUUCCCCCACCAAGGAACUAGAAGAGCUGAUGAAUCCGUCCCCCAUCAUCUCUUCAGCAGGCGGACUCGGUGGAGCUGGACAGGAACCAGGGCCAACACAUACAAUCCCAUCUCUACGCACGCUACCACAUUCCAGCAUCAAGAUAUACAAGAAUGGCGAGCUGAUCGGCACACCAUUCACCGAUCUCCUAGCCUUCCUCCCACCAGCCUCCAAACCCCUCGCCCAAGUCGGAGCACGAGACGGUCUAGACGACGGCAUGCUAGGCUACUAUCCCGCCGUCUCGGUCUUCCGCGGCGGUGCAGCAGAAGUCAACUUCGGUCCGCAUUUCUGGUAUCCACCUCCGGGCUUCGAAGACGACGACGAGGUCGAUAUGAUUGGCAGCGACCAACCGCCCCCGUCGUCGAAAUCUGGUCGGUUGAGAGCAGUGGGGGAGAGAUAUGAUGAGCAGAUCGUAGAGGAUAUCGUGUAUGAUAUUGUUGACGAGGUUGAUUUCUGGCUACAGGAUGGCGGGGUUAGUGGCAAGGGGGCUGCGGCAGGUGUGCUGAGGAAUACGGGUGUCGCGGCAGCGCCUGAUGGGGGGAUUAAGGAAUUAGUGCAGGAGGAUGAUUAG